CGCGCAUUGUAGACGAGUGACUUUAGAUAAAAGGAUAUCUGGCAUCAGGCGCGCACUCAGAGAUGAGACCUCACAGAGGACGCAGCACAGCAGCAGAGAUUUCUUGGAUUUUUAUUUAGCAUCUUGAAUUUAUUCAUAUGCAGUCCGUAUGUAGUCAUUUUUAGUAAACUGGCACGUUGUUUGUCGAUCUAAAAUUAAUGGAAUAGUCGCCAUUUAUCUUACUAUCGUUUAUCUAUAUACCAAAUGGACUGAAAUGAUUCAAAUCAAGCUCGAAAACGCGGUGACUGCAAUGUGUCAUUUCUGUUGAUUUCUGCAACUCGAGACCGCUCGACUACCUGUAGGAUUGCAUUGAGAGCGUAAGGGAGCUGAAGCCCAGGAGGUAAUGCGCAUCGUAUAAUGUAAUACAAUUUGUUUUUUUGUGUGUGUGUGUGAACAUUCCUCUUCUGCACCUUUAUAACCGAUAAACACCUGACUAACGCUUAUGGAACCGCUCACGGAGAGACACGUUGUUUUUGAAGGGGAUGCUCCACAUUUAUCCUUCAAAUCCAGUUGAAGAUGCCCAGAAAACGGGGACAUUUCCAGCAAUAUACGACACAUCAAGCUCCAUUUGAACGCCGACAGUUGAAUGUUUCGCAUUUGUGUACCAUUUAUCCGAAUGCAUUCGUGACAGAAAUAGUUAAUGAAGCUGAUGCAAAACGGUGUGCAAUCUGUCGGGUGAUCGUUUUUGCAUGAGUGUGCACAUGAUGAGUGACUAAUCGCACCUGAACCAAAAUACCAGAUGAAGAUGAACGAAACAGGCGUUUUGAUUUUAUUUUGCUUUGAGCUUCCAACAAGCGCUCUGCUGUAGUAAAGUUGCAGUGGCCAAACUACAGCGGUGCUUUAUGAAGAUCAGUAUCAAAGUGCUGAUUUGCCCUCGCAGAGAUGCCCGUGCGUGCCGUGACUUCCAGGUUCAUGUACAGGGGACUUUGUUCAAUUCCAGAUAUCCUCUCUUACAGAGCUCCGAUCACCCUCCCAGAGGAUGAAGUGGAGGAGAUCCGUGAAGCCUUCAAGGUGUUUGAUCGUGACGGGAAUGGAUUCAUCUCAAAACAGGAGUUGGGAAUUGCCAUGCGGUCUCUUGGUUACAUGCCAAAUGAGGUGGAGCUGGAAGUGAUCAGUCAAAGACUGGAUAUGGAUGGUGAUGGUCAAGUUGAUUUUGAAGAGUUUGUAACACUUCUUGGACCAAAGCUGGCAUCUGCUGGUAUGCCUGAUAGGUUCCACGGAGCUGAGUUUGACUCUAUAUUCUGGAAGUGUGACAUGCAAAAGCUGACUGUGGAUGAGCUGAAGAGACUCUUGUACGACACCUUCUGUGACCAUUUGACAAUGAAAGACAUCGAGAACAUUAUCAUGACAGAGGAGAGUCACUUAAACAGCCCCGAGUGCCAAGUAGAUAUCGAUACAAGCCCCAUGCAGCAAGUCAAGCACACGUGUGUGCGCAAGAGCUUGAUUUGUGCCUUUGCUAUCGCAUUUAUCAUCAGCGUCAUGCUCAUCGCGGCCAAUCAGAUGCUUCGAAGAGGGAUGCAGUGACUGGUUCUGUUUCUAAAACAGCAAAUGACUGGCAACAGAAAGUGAGAUACGUGGCUAGCUAGCAAACUUGAGUCAUCCUUGAUUUGAAAUCGUUUUUGCAGUUUGUACACUGCACAGACCAGGAAAGUAAUGCUGACAUGAAAUAUAUAUUAGUACCCAUGGGACUUUUCUUUGCAAUUGCACGUCUUUGAAAACUUCUUACAUGUAUUGUGUAAUGAUAAGGUUAGCUUUUUCCUCUAAAUAUGCAAUCAAUGCUUAUUUGAUGACAAUUUACUGUGAUUUCAAGUAAUUGACAUAUGUACAAAUAAGAGGUACUGAUUUCAGGACAUCUGAAACAUAUCAUGCGUUCAAUUUCCAAAGUGUAGGCAUGUGAUCUACUGUGUAUUUGUGUAAGUUGUUUUACACACUAUUAGAAGUUAUAUAAUUUAACAUGGCAAUAUUUUUCAAUCAGCAUAAUAUAACAAUUAAGAUUAUAUCAAAUAUAUAUAUAUUUUAUUUUGUCAACCUGUAUUUUUAAACUUUUCUUUAAAAGUAUUUAUUUUAAUUCCACGUGGAAAAUACAGCACAUUUACUUAAAAUUCAAAUAUGGCUGGUAUAGUUCAUGUAUUAUUAUAUUAAUGUACUGAUGUAAAAGUAAUAUUUAAUUGAUAUAUGUAAUUUUAUAUUGCAUUAAUGUAGACCUAUCUUGAAUCUAUGAUGUGCCAAAAUGUGCUGAUAAAGACAUUAAAUUGUAUGUGAACAACUGAAAUAAAGCAGUGGUGGUUUAUUUCUUCUCGUUCUAAUUUUGCAUAUUGAAAAUCUAAGUAUGCAUACACUGCAAAAAA